AUGACAGUUGCAGCUCCUCAUGCUCAUCCAGAGCAAGGUUAUCUUGACUUAUGUGAACGUAUCAUUAACGAAGGAGAGUUUCGUCCUGAUAGAACUGGAACCGGUACCAAAUCCAUCUUUGGACCACCUCAAUUAAGAUUCGAUCUUUCCAAUGAUACAUUUCCAUUAUUAACGACUAAGAAAGUGUUCUCCAAGGGUAUUAUCCAUGAACUUCUUUGGUUUGUGGCUGGUUCCACCGAUGGGAAAUUGUUAAGUGCCAAGGGAGUUAAGAUUUGGGAAGGUAAUGGAUCUAGAGAAUAUCUUGAUAAAUUAGGGUUAACUGAUCGUCGUGAAGGUGAUUUGGGUCCAGUAUAUGGUUUCCAAUGGAGACAUUUCGGUGCAGAGUAUAAAGAUUGUGAUACCGAUUAUACAGGCCAAGGUUUUGAUCAAUUACAAGAUAUUAUUAAAAAAUUAAAAACAAAUCCAUAUGAUAGAAGAAUCAUCAUGUCAGCUUGGAAUCCACCUGAUUUCGGUAAAAUGGCCUUACCUCCAUGUCAUGUAUUCUGUCAAUUUUACGUCAGUUUCCCAACUCCAGAUUCAACCAGUACUACCCCUAGUAGACCUAAAUUAUCUUGUUUAUUAUAUCAAAGAUCAUGUGAUAUGGGAUUAGGAGUUCCAUUCAAUAUUGCUUCUUAUGCCCUUUUAACUAAAAUGAUAGCUCAUAUCGUUGAUAUGGAUUGUGGAGAAUUCAUUCAUACUCUUGGAGAUGCUCAUGUCUAUUUAGAUCAUAUCGAUGCUCUUAAAGAACAAAUCACAAGAACUCCAGGUACGUUCCCCAAAUUACUCAUUAAAGAAGAUAGAAAAGCUGAAAUUACUUCUAUUGAUGAUUUUAAAUUUGAAGAUUUUGAAAUCGUAGAUUAUAAUCCUCAAUCAGUAAUUAAAAUGAAAAUGAGUGUUUAA